AGAAGAGAAGAGAAUAGACCAUUCUGAAAUCCAGGAAGUGAAACUGGUGUUCAUCUGAUCUCUAUACAUGUCAGCAUGUUGUGUCUGUUGAGUCCCACUUGGUCUAAAGAAGGCUUUGAAAACUGAAAUCAGCUUGAUUUAUCAGUCAGUCAUCGUCUGGUGCUGCUGUUGAAGGCCUCCUGUGCAUGUACAUGCUUGCACUGUGGUUAGAUUUUUUUUAAAACAGCAAAAGAUUCCUCAUGUACAAAAUUAACAGAAAAAAAAAAAAAAAACUAGAACAUUUCUGAAGAAAUUUAAACAGGGCCUGCCAAAGCGCACGCGUCGGUCUGGACCCGGCGUUCCAACGCUGAAAGUUAGCGUCGACGCCAUAGAAAGCUGCAGCGCGAUCGACGACAUGAGGAGAAUUGCGAGAACGUAAAUAUGGCUGGAACUCUUAAUUCAUUGUCAUUGUUUUUUUUUGUUUUUUUUUUUAAAUACACAAGGUGCAGAAUUCCAGAACACUGUCAAAGGUCACCAUGGACCAUGGACCUAUGAUGUCACAAGACAUGUUGUGAUGUCACUACAGAACUUCACUUGAAGUUCAGUCGAUUAGUUCUCUUGGUAGUCAGAAAGCACAAGGUCGAGAGGAGACAGCUUCUAGAGAUAUCACUGUUUGGAUCAUUUGCAGCAUAUUUUCAAAACAUUUUUUGAGAGAAAUGGAGACUCAGAUGAAGGAAUUCUUCAAAGAGGAGGCUCAAUGCCAGGAAGAUCGACGGAACAAAAGUCAAAAUCAGGAUGCCGCCAAUUCUUCUGAGGAAGAAGUUAACAGACUAAAGACUCUCUUGGAUACAGAAAGGGCCAAAUUCAUUAAGGAACACCAGAGAGCAAAUGAUUUGGAAGAGGAACUGCAAAGCGUAAAACUGAAGCUAGAAAAAUGCCAGUUUAAUGGAAACGACGUUGACGUAUGCAGUGAGGCAAACAAAGGAACCAAUGAACUUCUUAUGGAAAAUAAAGCCCUCCAAGAAGUUCUUGCCAAGCUUGAAACCGACAUUAUUAAUCUAGCAGAACAGGUGGAAACAUUACAGGAAGAGCUGGAGGUAGAAAAAUCUGUUAACGCUCAAACAAAGACAAACAACAGUUUUUUUAAUAUCCUGAAAGGUGAAAAUCCAUCUCAGACUACAGAAAUAAAGAAGGCCAUGACACUACUGAAGAAGACGUCUGCAGAGAAGGAGAGGCAUCUGAAAGACGAACUGAAAAAGAUGACAGAUUCUUACCAAGACUUAAAAUCCAACUAUGAUACUUCUGUUAAAACCCUUGGACAACAAGUGGAGUCAUUACAGAUGAACCUUAGAGACAAUGAAGAAGUGCAUGCUGAAGUUUUGAAAAUGAAUCAGAUGCUUUAUUCAAAUUUAGAAUCAGAAAAUGAGGCUCUUCGUGCACAAUUAUCAUCUCUGCAAAACGCUACCACAGAGAAAGAGACAUGUCUCCAGAGAGAACUGGACACAAUGAAAGAGGAAAACCUGGAAAUGACCAAAAAAUUAGAGACAGAUGUUGUAACCCUUAAAAAACGGGUAUGUUCACUGGAGCGGGAGCUGAAGGAUGACAAAGAAGCUCAUGAUGAGAUGGCAAAAAUUAACAAACUGCUUUAUGCACAGUUACAGGCAGAGAAUGAAACGCUUCAUCAAAAAUUGGCUUCAACGCAAGAUGCUUCCAAAGAGGCAGAGAGAUGCAUCCAGAAAGAGCUGGACCAAGUCAAAGAUGUGACUCUAGAAAUGGUCCAAAAAUAUGAGAUUGAUAUUUUAGCCCUUCGGGAGGAAAUACAAUCAAUGGAGCAAGAACAUAGAGCCGAGAGAUAUCGUCAUGCGGAGGUUGAGAUACGGAAUGGGAAGAGAGCAAAAUUCCUCCAUGCUGAGAAGAACCUGCUGCAGAAGGAACUGGAUGAAAUAAAACGAAAGCUCUUCUUAAACGAGGUAAAGCAUAAAGAAGAACUGGAUGCAUCGACUGCUGAGAUUGAACGGCAACUUGCACGCAAUCAUCAUAUCUCAGAGGAGCUAAAACAGAAGGAUCAGGAAAUUGCAGAGGCAAAGGCUCCCCUCCCAGUGAAGAAGUCGUUAAUGAAAAAGUUUCGCCAUGCUCUGGGUUUGAGAAAACCAGAAAAAUGGAAGAGAAAGAAGGCAUCUGAAGAAAACGUGUAACACUUGUUCACAUUACUUGUUCAAAACCAUCAGGCUUCUCACAAUAAUGGAUGGAUGAAGAUUUGGAAUUCAUUAUAAAUUACCAAGUGCGACCUACUUCCGAGAACGCUCCUAAACACAUCCUGAAGGUAAAUGUCUUUAAACGAUCCCAGUCCACGGCCUCUUCAUCCAGAGCUGGUGAACUUCUACACAGGUCAGCGAUUCAGCUAAAGUGGACAAGCCGAGGCUAUUCUCUGUUAUGAAACCCUUUAAGUUUAUGCAACAGAGGCUGGUACGCAAAAAAAAAAAAAAAGGUUGGCACUUCCCUGGACUGUUUCACAUAUGCUCCUGUUUUCAUGGUGCAAUGUCUCUGAACAAAUGGGGAGGACCCGCUUUUUAACAUUCCAGAACUCCUACUGUCUCAGAUAACCUGAGCUUGUGCCUUGUGUAACUUAUAUAAAUCUGAUCCAUCAGCACUAACACUCCCAAACUAUUAAAAACAAAUCCUUUGAGGAUAAAAGAGUACAAAUGGAAACAGACCAGGUUGUGUGAACCAAAUUUCUUCAAGCUCUACAUGACUUAAGUUGUGGUGACAGGCUCAAGAGAGGCUCGACUACAACAGAGAAUCAGAAAUAGCACCAGUGAAUGCCCUGCGGAGACGUUAAAGGUAUUUUCUGUAUCACACGUCGAGGAAUUUGAGCCACAAAACCGAAGCUGAGGAGACAGUAGGGUGGGAGGCCUGACAUGAAUGCUCGGCGAGGCAUGUGGCUUCGGAUGAACAAAGCUGUGAGCGUGCAAGCUGAGCAGAAAUGAGGGAGGAACCUGUUGCAGGAGCAGGAUGAAAACCUGUUUCAGAAAAUAAACAAACAAUUACCGCUUAACGUUUUUAUUUAUCAAACAGUCAUCGACAAGAAUCCAAAUCCAACUAGCUUAAUUAAAAAGCCUUUGUGUUUAACGGAUGACGGUUAUUACUACAUUCUCAUGUUGGAAUCUAAUUAAAAUGCAUCAGAGACAGAUCUCUGUUAGAGGAAGUGCAGCUGGGCCACUUGCCUGGCAUGAACUCGGUCAACCAUGGUGCAAGCAGCCGUCCUCUCCAUUAACGUUGAUCCUGAACCUGACUUUAUGGCUCGAACGACAUGUAAAUACCAGCAGGCUGCACCCAGUGAUGACGGCUUGAUUUGUGCACCAGCGAUCCAAAAUCCAAAACAGAAAUUAGGUUCCAGGGAGAUAAUUUAAUAAUUUAACUUCUCCUCAGCGCAGCUAGUUUGCAAUUAUUUAACGGUGUGUAAAAUUAUUCAUAUGCCUCGAACUUUUCAUCCCAUUUGUGAAGUUUUAACCACAAGCUACUAUGUUUUCUUCUGGAAUUUCAACAGGUAUCAGGUAUCAGUCAAUUUGACAAAUCAAAAUUGACAGAAAAAAUAUGGCAAAGCGUGGUGUGUAUUAGUUUUCAGCCCCCUGAUGAACUUAAAUGCACUUAAAUAAAAGAUAGUGCAGCCAAGUAGUAAAUAGUUGUAGAUGUACAAAUGUAUCUAUUAAUUGGCAUCUGGAACUGCAUCAUGUGUCAAUUGUUUUUCUUCAUUUUAUUACAAUAUAGUUAAUAAAUCUACAAAUAGGAUAAACAACAGAUUCACAAGGAAUAAGCAGUGAGGAUCCAUAAGCACUUGAAAAAUAAAGAGGCAGAUUUCCAAUACCAUGUAAACAAAAACAAAACAAGGAGAAUUUGCAGCUGUAAAGGGACAGAUAAUCAGAGGAAGAGUAUUUUCAUGUGACAUGUAAGUAUGUAAAGGGGAGGUGCUGUGGUCUGAUGACACAAAAUCUUUACUUUCACUAAAACAGCACCGCACACCUUCCUACACACACCUUCUGCAUAAAGAAAUGUGAUAAUGGGCACAUUAUUAUCAGGCAACUAAUGGAUGUUCGCAGGAGUCAUCCAUCCACCUGAGCUUGAACAACCUUUGUGUAGGUCUGCAAGGUAAUUUCCCAAUCUAGAGUAUUGCGGUUUGCGGUUAUACAGGUAAACAAAAGGGCUGUGAAAAAGGCUGACGCAGCUGCAUCAACAAUCUUAGUAGGGAACCAUGUUGCUGGUUUAUACAUCUGAAACAUAAUCUGCACAGUCAGAGAACGUGGUACAUUUCAAAAGCAAUUAGCUACUCCAGCUUUACUGUAGGAAACUUGUUUGGCAGGAUCUUAGUAUCUUUCCUGGUGCUUAAUUUUAAAUCUAAACACACAUCACGUGUAUUAGAGGAAAAGUCUCUCCAGCAGAGAUCAGGGGAGGGAAAAUGAGCCAGUGAAGGGAGGAGCUGACCACACACACACACACACACGCACACACACAGAG